AUGAAUACACCUUCGGGUCGGGAAAAUUUCCUUAGUGGAACUUAUAUAGGAGAGAUAAUAACUACUUGGAGUCAAUUUAUACAUAAACUGAUGCCGGAAGAAGAAUUUGAAGGUCAAGAAAUAACAGAGUUCCACCCAAAUCUAUGGAAUUUUUUUUACUCACAUUAUUUGUAUCUUGCAAUUUUUGUGAAUGUAUUGAACAAUAGAAUUAAUGCUAUUGUCGCUCCCCGCAAUCCAAGACCUUUAACCUUUACGACUCGACUUUUCUUACGUUUACCAUGUUUUUUCUUGAUGGUUAAAGCAACCUUGGUAUUAAUUUCGCGUAUUGCGGACGAUGUACCUUGGUUUCAAAAGCAUGUAUCCGACUUUAUCCUUAGUUACAGCGUGGAUUACACAGAUCACCAGGCCCUAUGGCUUUGUCUAAAAGCUUUGGCUGCAGUAUAUGUGAUGAAAGCGUUUCAUUCAAGCCUUGAGAACAGAAACCUUCCGGGUCGUGAACAAGCGACAAACCUCUAUGAAUGGGCAUUAUUAUUUCACUUAUAUGCUUCCCCAAGCCAUUCGAAUGUUGAUCUCAUAAUGAUUGCGUUGUUAGAAUUGCUAGAUGCUUUUGCACUUGAAUUGCUUUACCUCCAUCCUCGUGCUUAUCCUCUAUUACAAAGCGUUGCUCGAUUCCCCGAGUUGGCGCUAAUUUGUGUCAUUAUCAUGUGCGCUGUUUUACAUGGCGUUGCGAUUAUAGCAACAGGUGGAAAUCUCAGAGGAAGGUUUUUCUUGGAUUCACGAUCCUUACCUUCUUUAAAUCAAGAUUAUACGAUGGCAUUGUACUCGAUAGGAAUGGCCUGCGUUGAAGCUACAAGAACUGAUGGUUAUCGUAAUGAAUUGAAUCCAAUUGCCGUUCCAAUGGGAACAGUUUUCGAAGCUUCUCGCAGACGAAGAAAAAUCAUUAAUAGGAGGAGACCAACAAGUGGGUUUGAUAAUGAGCAAAUUGAUAGUAAUGGUUUGACUACCACUCAUGAACCAGACAAUAAUCCUCUUCGGAUAACAGUUAUGACCAAUUUUGCGUAUAACCUCAUUCAAGUCGCUGCAGAUUGCGGCUAUUGGAUUCUUAAUAGACUCCCGAUUCCAUUUUUGGCACGGCGAAAUGACAUCUCUAAUCAGAAUCUGGUUGGGAUUAAUGGGCAGACAAGAUUAGAGGGUGUUGACGAAUACGAUCCUGACGCAGAAUUAUAUGAAAAAUUCUUAAAGGAUGAAGAUUUUGAGGAAGAAGACGACGAAGAAUUCAAAGAUGAAAAUAUACUCUCAUACAACAAAGACGCGAAGUAUCAGAAGUAA